GCAGACCAUACCCUACUCGCCAUGACUCGUCCCCAGCUCCUCCGUCCUUUUUACCAUAUUAUAGCUUUCUCGAUCUUUCGGAUGACUCAGCUAGCUUAGUGCACAGCUUCUAUAUAAAGGCUGGUAAGCUUGCAUUGUAAUCUCAUCUCAUCCUCAACACACCUAUACACACCCACAGCUAGAUAAGAGGAUAAGAGAUAUUAAGAACAGGAAGAGAAGAUAAUGGAGAGUUUCAUGCGUAUGUUUUCGGCUGUCUUCGUCGCUCUUCUGCUUCUGGUGGCUACUGGAAUGGGGCCAAAUGCAAUGGUUGCAGAAGCAAGAACUUGUGAGACUUUGAGCCACAAGUUCAAGGGAACUUGCUUGAGAGAAAGCAACUGUGCAUCUGUUUGCCAAACUGAGGGCUUCACCGGAGGCGACUGCCGCGGUCUUCGCCGCAGAUGCUUCUGCACCAAACACUGUUAAUGAGUAAUUAGCAGUGCAAGAAGGAUGCAUAUAAUUGUAGCGUACCUACGUGUUUAGAAUAAAUGAUUUUUGUGUCUACUUGCUGUGUUUUAAGUUUGGGUGAUCUAUGUAGCUUGGAUUUGUGUAGGAUUGUAAUGCCGCACUUUGGUUCUUUCUUUUUAGCAGACGUUUUGAGUAUGCAUCCUUCCUUUAGCAAUCUGAAGAAGUAAUUACCAG